AUCAUAGCGCAGUGCGACAUGUAUUGAAACGGAUGCCGGCAACCUCAAAAGGCAUCGAUUUUCCUUUCGAGCGACAAUCAUUCAUUCAGCGACAAUCGAACUGAUCCAAACUGAUCGAACAAGCAAGUAUUAAUUUUAAAUAGAAGAAUUUCUAUUAUUUUUGACAAUGGAUGACAAUUGGGAAAGUGAUAAUAGAACAUCAAGGAGAUAUGAUCGAGGUUAUGAUCAUAGGAGAGGAAAUAGAAGGGAACGAGAAAGUCAAUUUUAUAGACGCUCUAACAGAUCAUUUGGAGAUAACAAUGACUCGAGUAGACAGAAGUAUAAUAAUGAUUCGUAUAGAAAGAGUGAUGAAAAAUCAGAUGGUACAAACGGACUGGUUAUGUACAUUGAUAGCAGUAACAUUGGAAGACUCAUCGGGAGGGGUGGCAGCAAAAUUAAAGCUCUACAAGAAGAUAGUGGUGCUAGAAUUAAUAUCGACAAACAAUAUAAUGAAAAUGGACAGAGUGCUGUGACACUAACUGGUACAGAUGAUGCGCAACAACGAGCUAAGAAUUUAAUAAAGGAGUUAUUAACUGAAAGGGGUGGAACUGAAAGGGGUGUAACUGAAAGAAGUAAUACACAUGAAAAUGAAUCAGUGCAAAAAACAACAUCUCAGCCUGAAGAAAAGGAAGACAUUGAUUGGGCUAAUUUUGAUUGGAACAAGGCUAAUGAAGAAUAUGAGGAACGUCAGAAGCAGAAAUGGGCGGCUUUACCUCCUAUUAUAAAAAAUUUUUACAAAGAAGAUCUAGCCAUUGCUAAUAUGCCACAGUCAGUGGUAACUCAAUUCAGGAAAACUAACAAUAACAUAGAAGUUAGACAUGUUUUUGAAAACACGGGAGGUUCUGAUGAAAACAUGAAAAUACCAAAUCCUGUGCAAACUUUUGAACAGGCUUUCCAUGAGUUUCCAGAUAUCCUUACGGAAAUACGAAAACAAAACUUUGAAAAACCAAGUCCUAUACAAUGUCAGGCAUGGCCUAUUCUACUGAGUGGUCAGGAUCUCAUUGGGAUAGCGCAAACUGGAACAGGAAAAACUCUUGCCUUUUUACUGCCUGCUUUGAUUCACAUCGAUGGGCAAGUAACUCCACGCGACAAACGUACUGGGCCAAAUGUUCUUGUUAUGGCUCCGACAAGAGAAUUGGCAUUGCAGAUUGAAAAGGAAGUAGGAAAAUACUCUUAUCAUGGAAUUAAAGCGGUGUGCGUAUAUGGUGGUGGAAAUCGUAAAACGCAAAUAGACACUGUGACAAAAGGUGUGCAAAUUGUAAUUGCAACUCCCGGAAGAUUAAACGAUUUGGUUCAAGCAAAUGUAUUGGAUGUGUCGGCUGUGACGUAUCUUAUACUCGAUGAAGCAGAUCGUAUGUUGGACAUGGGUUUCGAACCUCAAAUUCGUAAGACUCUUCUAGGUGUACGACCAAAUAGACAAACUGUUAUGACAAGCGCUACAUGGCCUCAGGGUGUAAGACGCUUAGCUCAGUCAUACAUGAAAAAUCCGAUUCAAGUAUUUGUUGGAUCGCUUGACUUGGCAGCUGUUCAUUCUGUAACACAGAGGAUUUACAUGGCUAAUGAAGACGAGAAAACAGAUAUGAUGCAUCAGUUCUUCCAAGAAAUGGGUCCUCAAGAUAAGGUCAUAGUAUUUUUCGGUAAGAAAUCAAAAGUGGACGAUGUCUCUAGUGAUCUGGCUUUAACGAAUAUCGAUUGUCAGAGUAUUCACGGUGAUAGAGAUCAAUCAGAUAGAGAACAAGCAUUAGAAGAUCUGAAGACUGGAGCUGUUCAGAUCCUUCUUGCGACCGACGUGGCUAGUCGAGGAAUCGAUAUUGAAGAUAUUACACACGUAUUGAAUUAUGACUUCCCACGGGAUAUAGAGGAAUACGUUCACCGAGUCGGUCGUACUGGACGCGCAGGUCGAACAGGUGAAAGUAUCACUUUUAUGACAAGACAGGACUGGCACCAUGCUAAAGCACUCAUUGAUAUUCUUGAAGAGGCUAAUCAGGAAGUACCUGAGGAAAUAUAUAAAAUGGCUGAAAGAUAUGAUGCAUGGAAAAAGAAAAAAGAACAAGAAGAUCCAUACGGAAGAAGCAACAGAGGCGGUAGACGCGGCUAUCGUAGGAUGUAAAAUGAUUAAUUAAUGAUGCUAGGA